AUGACAGCUGGAAUGAUGGCAGAUGCCUACAACAUUCCCAUAAGUAAGCUGCGCAUCCAUCAUGCGAACCCCGAGAACAAUAUUAGCUAUUCAGUCAGAAAAAGUCAUCUGCGGGUUGUCAUGUUUUAGUUGUAAGGCAGUCUACUGUGGCCUAAUCGAGCUACCUCUCUUCAGCCGCAUAUGUAAGCACCACGUACAAAUCAAGAAAUAAGAGUAUUUUCUUCGUGUGCCAUUCAUAGACUGAACACAGAACACUUAUUUUAAAAUGUCAAAACCCCGACGUUUUCACGGAAACGGUGGUUUUAACCAAAAUGUUUACAAAUGAGCAUGUACAUUUAAAUGUUGCAUUAAAAUUCCCCAUGAUAAACGGAUGUGAACAGAGCCGAUAUUGGCAUCGCACAUGGAUACAAAGUAAGCAUUACCGUACGAGUCUUAACUCAAUUGUUCGCAGAUCGACUAUUUGCUUCAUUACAAAUUAGGGCACGGAAUACGGAAAUAAGUAUAAGAAAAUUACUUAAGUACGAAAAAAUUAACCUGUUUCCGAUCACGCCCUAAACAUUUAUUCAGUCACUCACCACAUCUGGUGACCAUCCAAAACAACAGUACAUGUAGGAUGCUGUUGAAUGCUUGCCGUAUAUGACCACCUGGGUUUCCCCGUUUUGUUACCAAUAAGUAAGAGCUCAUCGCGCAAAUAAAUGUUCUUUAAAAAUGAGUACCUGCAACCAACACAAAUUAGCAACUCUAGAAUGGACGACUUUAUGUUACUAUCAGUAGACUCUGAAUCAUGUCGCACGGGGGAGAUGGCAAUGGGGCCUUUACGGAUGGGUCAGCACGCAAGAGGGUGUGUUGGCGAGUUGCAAGAAAGCACUGACAUUGUCUGGAUUUUUACGAAAAGUCUUAUCGUACACUUUCGUGUGGCAACCAAAAAAUGAGCGUUAAUUUAAAACAUGAGCAAAACCAAAUGCUAAGUAAUAACAAAGAUUGACAGUGUAAUGUCUGCAGCGGACACAAGUGGAUGCUAAGGUAAAACCCAGUAUGACAGGAUUAACAGCCUACCGAGAGUAAAGUGCCAAGAUUUUUGUAAGAAUUAUACAUGCGGACGUUCGAUUUCGCCUAUCCUUGUAUGUCUUUAUUUGCAGGGAGGCCCUCUGUAGCUCAAAAUAACAACUGUAAUAUCAAAAUGCUUUUACCGACCUCAAAAUGGACUAAGCAUCAAACUAUAAUUGUAAUACGGUAAUAUACGAAAAGUAGCCUAAAGUAAAAUAACCUGCAACUUGCAACACGCUGUUCAUGAAUGGAUGAUUAUGAGUGGCUGAGUUUGACUUAAGUAAAAACAUGUAAAGCAUUGAAUUUAAGAUUAAACUUUUAAACUUAACAUAUUCUAGAAAUGUUAACAUAAUUCAUAACGUCCUAAAUCCCGUAAAAUAUGUAAACGUGCGCAAAAUAAGUAUUGAAUCUUCUCGUAUUAUACGAAGAAAGUGUAAAAGUAAGCUUCUGAACUGCAUGAGCUUUGGAUAUGGAGUUUUAAGUCAUAUCAGAGAAAGUAUAUGAGUUUUUGGAGUCCACAGUAAGUGAGAUAAUGCUGCCUUUGAAUAGGGGAAUUUCACCUUAUUAUUCGAUAAAACUGUCGUAGAACGUGAAAUUUACUAAUGUUGAACUUUGACCAACCGAUAAGCGACAAAUAAAUAUGAAUAUCAUUACCACAUGCAACCAUUGGAAAACAGUUUGGUGUCCACCUACACGCCGUUUAUUCCUACAACUUUCUGUUUCAAUUUUUUCACAGGUAAAUGGUAUUUCUUCGUCAUCAUAUACCUCCUUCGUUUCUAUUUUUCGUCAGUAAAAUUGUCAGUAUAUUUUUUGAAGAACUAUUAACUCUACCAUAAAAGAUUAGUUAUUUUCUUGUUGCAUUGAAGUGAUUUUCUGUUAAGGAGUACUGUUCGCUUGUAAAUUAAUGUUAACAUUUUUUCUGGGUUCCUCGCGAGCAUUGUAGCCGUCCAUGCAAUCGCGGUUAUCAAAUUCCGAUGUUCAUUUAGACGCUCGCGAAAUAUCAAACGUUAGAACGUUGGACACUUGAAUUAAUGCACACUGUUUCACAUCCGAAAUUUGGCUGCUGCGCAUGUUGCUCUGUUUCUUGACCCAAAAGGCGUUUCCGGCACUCUCUAGGAUUAAGAUGAUCGGGUGUGGAUAGCUAAAAGUUAAAUGGGCACCUGGACGACUAACUGUGACCCCUUUAAUUUUCUUACCAUCAGCCUACAACACUCAAAUAUCAUAAAGACGCUCGUCAUGCGACCGAGAGCUUUAUCAUUCAUUGCCAAUAGUCAGUAAGAGUGGCAUAACAUCAGCCUUCGAAAAUAUAGCAAACAUAUGUGCCAUAUAUUCAGAUGCAUGUUCUGACGCCAAAGGGUGCUUAGUCUAGCAACAAGAUUAACAUGACUUCAUACACAACUACUGACGGUGAACCUGUGUGAGGGUAGUUAGCCAGACGAUGUGUACAUUGAGCAUUCUAUAUAAGUAAGUGUUUUCCGAGAUUAUAAACCGUGCAUUCUUCUUAUAAGUUUACUUCUGUAAGGCUGUUUUAUUAAUUGCCUUGCAGGGUUAUUUGGGUUGUUUGAGUCACGUUAGGACGUCGGUAUUAAAAUGAGCGUCUUUUUUGGCAUGUUUAGUCCAGAGUCUAUAUAAAGGGCUACCUAUAAGUAUUAAUUUUUCUUACUAUAUUUCAUUGCGUUAUCAAAUUUCAAUACAUUAACAUGCAUAACAUAUUCAACCUUGGGAUUGUUUGAUGAAGAAUUUAGUUUUCCUACAAACUCCUUCUUAAUGGCGGAACAUUUUUUCUUAAAAGACUUUUUAGGUUCUUGAGUAACUUCAGUAUCAGUAUCAGUAUAUUUCAGGGAAAGUAGUUGUGUACCUUUGAAAUCCCUAUUGGUUACAUGCAGAGGAUAUACAGGGAGGAAAUGGAAAGGAAGUAACAUGAAAGAAAUCGGUGGGGAACAGCAAAAAACUGUACAGAUUGAACACAGAAUGUGAUGCGUUAACAGAGUUUAGAGGCACAAUAAAUUACUUUGUUGAUCAAAAUACAGCGGACAGUUGAGGCACACUUAAGACACGGGAAAAUAAGUAAAAUUGUUUUGUCCACAGGCAUCGUGGUGAAUGCGAGCAGCGGUGUGGGACGUGGCUCAAGUUUAACAAAUAACAUAAACAUGUAUUACUUAAAUGUUGGUAGUAGCAUCGUUAUAACACUAAAUUGUCAGCGUUGGCUGCCAAGGUGGCCGUAGUCCGGCGUUAUUGUGGUACGCGCUACAAUGCUGAUCUAGUCUCCAUUUAAAAGUCUCUACCGAGCCUGACAUAACAACAUCCUCAGGCAAGGCAUUCCAAGCUGCAACCACUCUGUUGGAGAAGAAGAAUUUUCGGGUGUCUAGCCGGGCACCAGCCACAAGCAGUUUGAGUGGAUGGCCUCUCAGGUUAGUCGUAGUCGCCAACUCGAAGAAGUCGCCAAACGCGAGGCAGCAGCCCUGAUUGCGCACGAUGCGGAAAGCUUGGAUCAGGUCCCCACGUAGUUGUCAGAAACUCAAAGGAAAGAGGUCAAGAUUAGCUAAUCGCGUUUCGUAGGGUAGUGACAACUGCCCAGAUAAAAGCUUCGUUGCUCGCCGUUGAACUUUUUCGAGUAUGCCCAAGUCUUUAGCUGUCCAGGGUCGCCAUGCUUGGAUGGCAAACUCCAGAUGUGGUCGCAGAAAAGUUUGAAAGACCUUGGCGAAGCAGUCUUCAGCAAAGGAGGAGAACGCCCGUUUGACAAGGUAUAGCAUGGACAUCGCCGACUUGGCUACCUUUGAGCAUUGCAGCGAAAGCUUAAGCGAGGUUGUGAUCCAUACACCUAAGUCCUUCUGGGCGUCGACUUUUUGCAGUGGUUUGCCAGUCAGACGGUAGACCGUGUGGUUAGGAGAACUGGUUCUGCCGACGCGUACGAAAGUACACUUGUUUACGUUGAACGGUAGAUGCCAGUCUUUCGACCAUUGUUCGAGGUGGUCCAGAUUUGUCUGCAGUCGCGCCUCUUCAACUUCGCUUCCUAUGGUAAUCCGGAUCUUCAUGUCAUCGGCAAACAUUGCGACAACGCAAUUCAGUUCGUUUGCGCAGUCAUUGACCUAUACGAGGAACAGUGUAGGGCCAAGAACAGAUCCUUGGGGAACACCACUCUUAACGACAACCUCGGCAGAUUGUUGGUCACUGACGUGGGUGGCUAGAGAGCAGCCGAUUAAAAAGCUCCGAAUCCACAUCAGAAGCUUACCUCGCACUCCUGCACGGCUAAGUUUCUAUAGAAAGCGGUGGUGAGGCACACUAUCGAAGGCCUUUCUGAAGUCGAUAUAGAUGGCAUGCACCAUAUCUCCUCUAUCAACUACCCUAGUCCAGUGUUCCACACAUUAGAGCAGGUUUGUCACACAGGAUCUGCCUUUUCGGAAUCCAUGCUGAGAAUUGGAAAGCAAAUGGCUUUCUUCAAGAAACUGCAUUAGCUGUUGCUUUAUUAUCUUCUACAUAAUCUUACAGCAAAUGAAGGUGAGGCUGACCGGUCUGUAAUUGUUCGCAGAGACCCGACUUCCGCCCUUGUACAGCGGCGUAAUCCACGCCGACUUCCAGUUAGGUGGCAGAUAUCCGGUCUCCAGGGAUGUAUGGAAAAUCAUGGAGAGUGGCUUAGACAACUUACCUGCGAGUUCCUUCAAAAUCUUCGCCGGAAUCUCAUGGGGACCUGGUGAUUUGGAUUCCUUUAGCCUCAGCAACUCCGUCAGAACCAUACCCUCAGUGAACUGGACGGUCUCUAUAAUUGGGGUGUCUUCGAAGGAUUGAGGGGCCGAAGGGUUGAAUCCUGUUUCGCUACUAAAAACAGACCGAAAAAAUUCCGAAAGAUGAUCAGCUUUCGCCCUGUCGUCAGUGAGAUGUUCGCCUUCAGCAGUCCUUAUCAGGGGUAUUGGGUCCUUGUUCCGCGUGCACUGCCUAAUGUAACCGUAUAAUAAUUUAGGGUUCUCCGCGGCACAGUUAAGCAGAUCUCGUUCGAAUUCCUUUCCAGUUUUGAGAAUAAGAGCCUUGACUCGAUUUCUUUUAAUUUUGUACGCGCAUAUAGAUGUGGGGCUCCUGUCAGAAAGCGAUUUUUUCCACAGCCGUCGUUUUUAUUUACUUCAUUCUUCAAGGCUUACGUAAGCCAUCGAGGUCUGUUAGUUACCCUCUUCCGUGAAAGCGGACAGUGGUUUACGAUCAGCUCGUGCAGAAUUUCUCGGAACCGUUGCCAGUCUUCGAGUAUGCUCCCAACAAAUAUGGACUCCCACUCAAUGCGUAAAAUGUCAGCCCUCAUUUGGUCGAAAUCCCCGCGCCAAAGGUUUCUUCUAACUGUCCCGGGUUUCUUGGGCAUGGAAAAAAGCGAGUAAUCCCAUAGAAGAACGACGUGGUCACGUUUACCUAAGGGGGGUAGGCAUGACACCUCAUCAAUGCCGUCCUGUGACUUCGUAAGUAUUCGCAAGAAAUGACGGGGACUAUUCCGAGCUUAUAUGAGGUUUUACAGUGAGUUCAAAUCGUUAUCUUAGCGUGGUUGUGCAUCGACAGAUGCCGUUAAAAUCUAGCCCUAAGUCCUAAUGGCAAACAUGAUGCAAUUUUUGUCAAUGACUUUAGCAACAUACAGUCAAAAUAAGCCCAAAGUCUAAUCACACCACUAAACGUAAUGAUUGUCUAAUACCCUAACUUUGACCAUAACGCUGGUUUGAACCAUAAAUCCAUUUUACGGGAAGCGGAAAUGUUACGGUGUCAUUGCCUAUGGUGACUCAAAGCCUAGCCCUUACUCCUUAUCAGUCAGUCAGUAUCAGUCAGUAUAUUUGGAGUAAACGACAGAAGCCAUUAAAACUCCAUUUAGAGGGUACAGGUAUAAAGUAAAAUAGUUAAAUUGCAAAACUUUUGCUUGCAGUUUUAGUAGGGAGAAUUAUUAAAUCUAAUAAUGUAACAUAAAGGUGAAAGGGGUAUUAUAUUCGCAAAAUAAUUGCGAAAAACUUUGUUCACCGCAUUCGGACUGUGAAAAUUUUAAUAUGAGCUAAGUUUGAUGCAAAAAUAGGAUCUGUUGAAAUCAUGUAAGUAGUAUAUUUGGAGUGUAGGGGUGUCAGCGGUGGGUUCACAUAAUGGUCGUGGUGGUCGCUCACUUGCUUGCAGGUGAGACUGCGCCUAGCGUCCACUUGCUGACACUCAACUCUCACCUGUGGCUCCACGUAGCUGGACUGUGCUCAGCGGCCACACCCCGGGCAACCGUCUCGACCGGCGGGUUAAACCAGGUGAGAGGGCCCUGUGCGCUGUGCCGUGUGCACAGGGUUUGCGGAUUCCGCUGGAUGGAAGGUCGGAUGGGACCUUGCGUCGGCAUCGUCGUGACGUGGUUCGUCUCUGCACGCCGCUGGACAGCCGGUGACGGGAUGGAUCUCCACAUCGACAUUGCCUUGACGCGCCCACCUACGCCGUCGGAGACCGCGGCUUACGGCGAAUUCGAGUCGCUCUCCACUACAACCCGAAGUCGUGGUCCCAUAGUGGAGUUCGGCCGUGCCAAAACGGCACAUGGCAGCCCUUUUCAGGGAUGGCACUGCCAGCCCCCGCGAGGGGAAGGGCCUAGAAAAGGUGGCCUAAACAAUGCUGGGUACCACGCCGUCUCCAGGCUAGCCAGGGCCGCAGACGUCCAAUCAUGGUCGAAACAAUAAAAAUCGAAACAACAAUACCAAUAACAACUACAACAACCAUCAUCAUUCUCCUCAUCCUACCUCUUCUUCCUCUUCCUCUGCCUAUUCUUCUGCCUAUUCUUCUCCUUCGUCACCUUCUUCUCCAUCUCCUUCCCGUCGCCCCACUCGCUGUCACCAGACUGGCAGGGUGAGUCCGCUCACUCUGGCAGCCUGGAAUGCUCGUUCCCUUUUAGACAAUCCGAGGAGCAACCGACCGGAACGGAGGACGGCGCUAGUGGCACGAGAACUGGCGCGCUACAAGGUGGACAUCGCCGCACUCAGCGAGACCCGAUUCUCCGAGCAAGGCCAACUGGAGGAGGUGGGUGCCGGCUACACCUUCUUAUGGAGCGGUCGACCCAGGGCAGAGCGACGGGACGCGGGCGUCGCCUUCGCCAUCCGGAACGACAUCGUGGGACGACUGCCCUGUUUGCCUCAGGGCAUCAACGAUCGCCUGAUGAGCCUCCGCCUGCCUCUCCGGGGUGGGAGCAAAUUCGCCACCAUCAUCAGCGCCUACGCUCCGACGAUGACCAACCCCGACGCCGUCAGAGACAAAUUCUACGAGGACCUGCACGCCCUCUUGGCGACUGUGUCGAAGGCGGACAAGUUGAUUGUCCUUGGUGACUUCAACGCCCGCGUCGGCACAGACCAUACUGCCUGGAGAGGAGUGCUGGGUCCCCACGGUCUCCGCGGCUCAAACGACAAUGGUCUGCUGCUUCUCCGCACCAGCGCAGAACACCGCCUCAUCCUGACGAACACCUUCUUCUGUCUGCCGGAGCGAGAGAAGGCCACCUGGAGGCAUCCUCGGUCGCACCAGUGGAACCUGCUGGACUCUGUCCUCGUCCGGAGGCGAGAUCAGCGGGACGUGCUGGUGACGAAAGCGAUCGCGGUUGGUGACGGGUGGACCGACCAUCGCCUCGUCAUCUCGAAGAUGCGCAUUCGCCUACAGCCUCGCAGAAGACCACAAGGUAAGCGACCCCCAGGUAAGCUGAAUGUUGCCUUGUUGUCUUUGCCCGCUCACCAUCUUCAUUUCAGCAAUGAGCUAGCUCAACGGCUAGACAACCUCCCUAUCGCCGAUGCCGCCGCUGCCGAAAACGCCUCCGUGGAGAACCGCUGGUGUCAACUGCGAGAAACGGUCCAGUCGACGGCGUUCGCCGUCCUCGGUCGCGCUCGCCGCCAACACCAGGACUGGUUCAAUGACAACGACGCCGCCAUCAGAAAUCUGCUAGCUGAGAAGAACCGCCUACACAAAGUCUACGUAGAUCACCCCACUGAUGCCACCAAAGCUGCCUUCUACCGCAGCCGCCGCCAACUUCAGCAACGACUGCGCGAGAUGCAGGACGCCUGGACCGCUCGCUAA